UGAGCUCUGGAUGUUGUUGCAGCAUCAGCAGGGCCCUGCUUUGAUCCUUGGGCCGUUCCGAGGCUCCUCGUCCCCGCCGGAAUGGAGGUGUCGUAAGCAGGGAACAUGAUUAAAGAUAACAACGAAGCUGUUCCACUAAUGGGCAAGAAAACAAAUCCGUCUGGAAUUCCCCCUUCAAACCAGCAAGAGAAAAAGGUGACUGAAAGCACCCCCACGAAGAAAAGUUCCCACUUUUUCCUGGAGAUUGAUGGUUUUGAAAGCAAUGCCACUCCAAAUAACACAUCUCCCCCUGUGUUUUCAAAACCAAUGGAUUCAAAUAUUCGUCCCUGUGCUUCUGGAAAUGGGGAAGACAUGGAUUCCCCACAGUCUCUUCAGGAUGAUGCCACUGAGUAUAGUCCUAAUGUAGACAGUUGCUGUGCUAACAUGUCCCAAGGACCUGAGCAGACCAGUGCCAGGAAGAAGCUGAAGCGAUUCCUGUUCCGGGCAGUGUCGGAGGGGAACGUGGAGGAGCUGCAGCGUCUGCUCGGGGAGCUGAAGGAGCGAUCCAGUGCCUGCACAAACAUGACUGUGCCAGAUUAUCUGAUGAAAAAAUUCACAGCUUCAGAUACCGGCAAAACUUGUCUGAUGAAAGCUCUGCUGAACAUCAACGAGAACACAAAUGAGAUAGUGAAUAUGCUCCUGUCCUUUGCAGAAGAAAAUGGUAUUCUGGAGAGAUUUAUCAAUGCAGCUUACACAGAAGAGGCAUAUAAAGGCCAGACAGCUCUAAAUAUUGCCAUUGAGAGGAGACAGUAUGAAAUAACCCAGAGCCUCAUAGAAAAAGGAGCUGAUGUCAAUGCUCGUGCCCAGGGUAUUUUCUUUAAUCCCAAACAUAAGCAUGAAGGCUUUUAUUUUGGUGAAACUGCCCUGGCAUUAGCUGCCUGUACCAACCAACCAGACAUAAUUCAACUGUUAAUGGACAAUGCCAGGACUAAUAUUUCUUCUCAGGAUUCCAGAGGAAACAAUAUCCUCCAUGCAUUAGUUACUGUGGCAGAGGACUCCAAGACUCAGAAUGAUUUCGUAAUCAGAAUGUAUGAUAUGAUAUUGUUGAAAAGUAAAGACAAAAAUUUGGAAACAACAAAGAAUAAGGAGGGUUUGACACCACUACAGUUGGCUGCAAAAACUGGGAAAUUAGAGAUUCUGAAAUACAUCCUGAGCAGAGAGAUCAGAGAGAAGCCAAACAGGAGCCUGUCAAGAAAAUUCACAGACUGGGCUUAUGGUCCUGUUCAGUCUUCUCUGUAUGACCUGACAGAACUGGACACCACUGCAGACAACUCAGUGCUGGAAAUCAUUGUCUAUAACACAAAUAUUGGUAAUCGUCAUGAAAUGCUGACUUUGGAGCCUCUGAAUUCCCUCCUGCGAAUGAAAUGGAAGAAGUUUGCACGACACAUGUUUUUUAUGUCCUGCUGUUUUUAUUUCCUGUACAAUGUAACUUUAACAUUAGUUUCCUACCACAGGCCUAAUGAAAAUAAAGCUCCACCUUAUCCACUUGCUCUGACACGUGGAGUGGGAUGGCUGCAGCUGUCAGGACAGGUGAUGGUUAUGUUAGGAGCAAUAUUUUUAGCCAUUAAAGAGAGUGUAGCCAUCUUUCUGCUCAGGCCCUCAGACCUGCAGUCAAUUCUCUCUGAUGCCUGGUUCCACUUUGCAUUUUUUAUACAAGCUUUGCUUGUGAUCUUCUCUGUCUUUUUGUACUUGUUUUCCUACAAAGAACACCUGGUGUGUCUUGUUUUGGCAAUGGCCCUUGGAUGGGCCAAUAUGCUCUAUUUCACCAGAGGUUUCCAGUCCAUGGGCAUUUACAGUGUGAUGAUUCAAAAGGUCAUCCUGCAUGAUGUGAUAAAAUUCUUAGUUGUCUAUAUCGUGUUUUUGCUGGGAUUUGGCGUAGCUCUUGCUGCCUUGAUUGAGACCUGCCACGAGGGCGGCGAAUGCCAUUCCAACAGCAGCCUGGGACCUGUGCUGAUGGAUCUCUUCAAGCUCACCCUGGGACUGGGGGAUCUGGAGAUCCAGCAAAACUCCAAGUAUCCUGUCCUGUUUCUUCUGCUCCUCAUAACUUUCGUUGUGUUGACUUUUGUUCUCCUCUUGAACAUGCUGAUUGCGUUGAUGGGAGAAACAGUGGAGGAUAUUUCUAAAGAGAGCGAGCACAUCUGGAAACUCCAGAGAGCCAGAACUAUUUUGGAAUUUGAAAAAUUCUUGCCAAAAUGUUUGAGGAAAAAAUUCCAGCUGGGGGAGCGGUGUAAAGUGGCUGAAAACGACACCAGGGUGUGUUUAAGGAUUAAUGAAGUGAAAUGGACCGAGUGGAAAACACAUGUUUCAUUUAUUAAUGAAGAUCCAGGGCCAACAGCCAAGCCUGCUGUGGGCAAAAUGAUCCCAAGGACUUUCUUACCCCAGAAGAGAGCAUGAGGGAAGGACAGCACAGAGCUGUUUGCAGGGAUUUGGGAACGUGGCUCUUGCUGCCCAACCAGCCUCCUACAGAUGCUGAAUCCUGUGUUUCCUACCACGGAUGGAUGGGAUCCAGUGGAAACCUUCAGUUAUGUUUGUACAGGGCAGAGGAAUUUGAGGGGAAGGACCUUCACAGACCAUAUAAUACCUGAGCAUUGUUUGCCUUUCUUAGGAGGAAAUGGGAGUAUGAGAAGAAAAAUUCCUGUGGUCUUGGAAUCUUUCAUCUUUGCUGGUUAAUUUUGCAUCGAAACUGCCAACGAAGGAUUUUGCCUUAGGACUCCACAGUUCUGUUUGGAUCCUUUUCAGUGCCAGUUCUUGUACAAAGGAAAAAUUAAAUACCUCUUCACACGUACUCAGGGGCCAGAGAGACCCGUGUUUCUGUGGGUUGUCACUGGACACAGGCUGAGAGGAUGUGCUGUGCCAGUGUCCAGGUACAAAACCGAAUGGACAAACUGAGGAAGGAGCUGAGGGGCUGUUUCUAAAAGUUCUUACUGAGGAAAUACCCUCCUUGUGUGGCCACAGAGCUCUGGC